UCUGCAUCAGCAUCAGAUGAAAGUCCCACAAUGCAGCGGGCACUAUGUUAAUAUGGCGUCAGUGGCUGGUGUUUUGAUGAGGGCCGAAAGCCAAAAUGUGGAACAAAUCCACGUACGGGCUCAAACAAGCUUUUGAAAUCAACGUGUGAACGCGAAAACAUUACGUGGCCUUCAUAGAGUGGCGUUGACUCCACCAGGGACAAAGGCAGCAGACAGAAGGGAUGGAUGAGUCCAAAAACCCAGUCAAAGUUAAACAAUCUUCUAACGAGCCCAAAGGAGCCAAAGCUCUGUCCAACGACAAAACCAAGAAAGAAUGUCUUGUCCAUAGAGAAGGCCCAAAGUCUGCCAGUCGCAGCCAGGAGAGCGCCGCUGCUGUGAAGGAUGGACAUAAGCCAGGCGGCCCAGGAGGCCGCGGGCCAGGCAGGUCUUCCACAGACUGCACCCAGGAUAAGAGGAGAACGCGGCCCUGCAGACUGAACAGACUGAGCAGCAGAACAAACUCUGUGGAAGGAGGGAAAGGGAAAGUGGCUGGACCACAACAGCAGCUGGUUUCACAACCUGCGGAGUCCACAGAGAGGAGACCCUCAGCCAACAGAGAGACCAGGUCUCCCGCUGCUCCUGGCACACCUGUGAAGGACCUCACAGAGAAAACCGUCCCUGCUGCUGCUGCACCAAAAGACAAGCCCCAUGGGACAAACGCACUGACGAGUCAGCCCACUGAAGAAGGCACAGCAGAGGACGCUGUGGAAGAUGGACCCCUUACAGAACAGCAGCUUGGCCUCCGACAAGCAGAGGAGCGUCUCUACAGAGACUACAUCCACAGACUGGUGAAACAGUCUCCUGACUACCCCAACUAUCAGUAUUUAUGCAAGCUCUGUUCUGUGCACAUUGAGAACAUCCAAGGAGCGCACAAACACAUCAAAGAGAAAAGACACAAGAAGAACAUAAUGGAAAAGCAGGAAGAGAAUGAGCUCCGUGCUCUGGCGCCACCCACUGACGCCCAGCUGAGGGCUGUGGAUGCAGCUGUUCUCAACACAGCCAAACAGCACGGCAUCUCUGAGGAGGACUUUCUGGUUCGACAGGCGGUGGUCAGCAGGAUGGAGGAGAUCAUUCAGCAGCACCUCGCAGCUUGUUCUCUUCGUCUUUAUGGUUCAUGUCUUACCCGCUUUGCUUUUAAGACGAGCGACAUCAACAUUGAUGUGACCUAUCCUCCCUUGAUGACACAACCUGAGGUCUUGAUUCAAGUACUGGAGAUCCUGAAGAACAGCUCUGAAUUCUCUGAGGUUGAGUCUGAUUUUCACGCCAAAGUUCCUGUUGUGUUCUGUCGAGAUGUCAGCAGCGGACUGAUGUGCAAAGUGAGCGCGGGAAAUGAUGUCGCUUGUCUCACAACCAAUCACCUGGCGGCUCUGGCCAAACUGGAGCCCAGACUGGUUCCCCUGGUCCUGGCUUUCCGCUACUGGGCGAGGCUGUGCCACAUUGACUGCCAGGCUGAAGGCGGCAUCCCAUCAUACUCAUUUGCCCUCUUAGUCAUCUUCUUCCUCCAACAGAGAAAAGAUCCCAUCCUCCCCGUCUACCUCGGCUGCUGGAUUGAAGGCUUUGAAGUGAAACACGUGGAUGAGUAUCACCUGACUGGUAUUACAUUGGACAUGUUCGUACGAUGGGAGCACAGACCGCCCAGUUCCCCAGAGGGACGAGGGGAGAACCGCGGCGAGACCAGGGGAGAUGGUAGAGCCAAGUCGGAUCAGAAUAAAGCUGAUAAAGGACGUUAUUCAGAGGGCAAGACUCGUCUGACUUUGGAUGUCUGUAAGGGCGCUUCACCGGGGCAGUUGUGGCUCGAGCUCUUACGGUUUUACACGCUGGAGUUUGCUCUGGAAGAACAUGUUGUCAGCAUCCGUCUGAAGGAGCUCCUCUCUCGGGAACUGAAGAACUGGCCUCGCCGCAGGCUUGCUAUUGAAGAUCCUUUUGCCUUGAAGAGGAACAUUGCACGAAGCUUGAACAGCCAGAUGGUCUUUGAAUACAUCCAGGAGCGAUUCCGUAUGGCUUACAAGUAUUUUGCUUGUCCCCAGAGAAGAGGAGCUCAGAAGGAUGGCAAGGGCGUCACAUCAGGAGAUGAUGAUGAUGAUGAUAGCAUAGAGACUGCAUUAGCAAAUGAAUAUGAUGUUUACGGAAAAGGUGAAAAAAUUCUAAGCACUCUGAUGAAAUACCAGCAGUUAAAGAAGGACAAAGAUGCUUCCAGUCUGUCCAAAACUAACAAUGACGAGGUGUUGGAUGACACGAUGGAUAUGGUCCUCGGUCACAGACCCAACCUCCCUUCUUUCUCCCCUAAUGGACUGCUGGACAGUGAAGAGGAGGACGAGGAGGAGGACAGUGUCUCAGAAAAUGAGGAGGAGCUCCUUCAUUCGGAGGAUCUGCACUAUGUGUUUGAUAAAAUGAUUUUCACCAGUGGAAAGCCUCCGACUGUUGUGUGCAGCAUCUGCAAAAGAGACGGCCAUCUGAAAGACGAGUGCCCUGAAGACUUCAAGAAGAUAGAGCUUCAGCCUUUGCCGCCUAUGACUGAGCGCUUCCGAAAUAUCCUUGAUGGACUCUGCGAACUCUGCUUUUACGAAUUGUCACCUUCGUAUUCUGAGCAGCAGAAGAGGGAGCAGAUCCUUGCCAGCCUAGAGCGGUUCAUCCGAAAGGAGUACAACGAUAAAGCCCAGCUGUGCCUAUUCGGCUCCUCCAAAAAUGGCUUUGGUUUCCGUGACAGUGACCUCGACAUCUGCAUGACACUGGAAGGUCAUGACACUGCUGAGAAAUUAAACUGCAAAGAGAUCAUUGAAGGACUUGCAAAAGUACUAAGGAAACACACAGGGUUAAGGAACAUUUUGCCUAUCACAACAGCUAAAGUGCCUAUUGUGAAGUUUGAACACAAGCAAAGUGGUUUGGAGGGUGACAUCAGCCUCUACAACACUCUGGCUCAACAUAACACGAGAAUGUUGGCUACGUACGCAGCUCUGGAUCCACGUGUGCAGUACCUGGGAUACACCAUGAAAGUCUUUGCAAAGCGCUGUGACAUUGGUGAUGCGUCCAGAGGAAGUCUGUCAUCUUACGCCUACAUCCUGAUGGUGCUUUACUUCCUGCAGCAGAGACAGCCACCUGUCAUUCCAGUCCUGCAGGAGAUCUUUGAUGGGAAGACCGUCCCCCAGCGGACAGUCGAUGGCUGGAAUGCUUUCUUUUUUGAUAACCUUGAGGAUCUUCGCCACCGUCUGUCAGAGCUGCAGCCAAACACAGAGACGGUGGGAGAGCUGUGGUUAGGCCUGCUGCGUUUUUACACCGAAGAGUUUGACUUCAAGGAGCACGUCAUCAGCAUCCGCCAAAGAAAACGCCUCACCACCUUUGAGAAGCAGUGGACCAGCAAGUGCAUCGCCAUUGAAGAUCCUUUUGAUUUGAAUCAUAAUCUUGGUGCUGGAGUUUCUCGCAAAAUGACAAACUUCAUAAUGAAGGCUUUUAUAAAUGGCAGGAAGUUGUUUGGAACCCCUUUUUAUCCCGUGCCUGGCAAAGAAGUGGACUACUUUUUUGACUCCAAAGUACUGACAGAUGGAGAACUGGCCCCCAAUGACCGGUGCUGCAGGAUCUGUGGGAAGAUUGGACACUAUAUGAAGGACUGUCCAAAGAGACGCAGGAUGAAGAAAAAGGAGAAUGAUAAAGAUGAGGAUGGAAAAGAAGAGGAGCGAGAGCCGAAGGACAGAUGUUGUUUCCAGUGCGGCUGUGUCGGUCACGUGCGAAGAGACUGCCCUGAGUACCGCCAUCUCAAACAAAGGACUGCCGGGGCACCAGCAGCUCCUCAUGCCGUGCGGACUGUGGUGAGCUCGCAGUCCAUCCCUGUUCCCCCGACACCUGCAGACUGCACAGGAAGAACCAGACAGCCUUCUGAAUGUUCGGACAGUCGGCAGACCCCGCCCUACUCCCCGCAGCCUGCCGCCGUCCCUCAGAGCUCCACCCAGUCGUCCACGUCCCCGCAGCCCCCCCUCAGUAAGACCGGCUCCUCCGGUCCUGUGAAGCAGCCCGCUCAUCCUCAGGUUCCUUUGUCUCUCUUUAGCUUCCCUUCUUCCCACCCAGGCCAGUACCACCCGGGGGCGCUCACGGCACUGGGGCUUCUUCCCUCCCACCAGUCCCAGGGACAGCCGCACCACCCAGGCCACAUGGCCUCUGCCUCCUGGCCCAUUCACGGCCCAGUCCUCACCUCGUCCUCUCCCACUGCCCCCUCCCCACCUGGUCUGAAGUUCACCUUACGUUCAGCCUCGGGGGGCGGGAGUCCCACGUCUUCGGGGGGAAGCCCCGCCCCCGUCAACCUGAAUGACCCCAGCAUCAUCUUUGCCCAGCCGGCGGGGAGGCAGCUGGGCGUCAGUGGGCCGGGACGGGAGGGGCACUGGCACAACCACAUGGCACAACCGGGGUCACUUGUGGGCAACGGCACCGUGGUGAAGUCAGAGUCCAGCCACCAGACACCGUUCGUCGGUGUGAGUCAAGCCUCUCUGAUAUGGGAGCACGCUAAAACGCAGCAGUGCUCGCCGGCUCCAUCCUGGACAUACCGGAUGCCCCAGAACUUCAUCCAGCAAGGCAAUGGAGGCUUCCAACCCAACAAGGCCUUUCUGACCCAAGGUUCUGUGGGCCAUCCCAGUCCAGGAUUCCCGCUGAUACCACACGUCCGACAUCAAGUCAAUCUGAACUUCAUCCAACAGAAGAAGUGAAGAUCCAUCUCCUCUUAAUUGUGUGUUGAUGGUCAGUAUCCUAACGAGGCUGAAUUUAUGUACUCUUUGGAUUUUUAAAAUGAAUUUUAUCAUUUUUGUACAGUUUUUAGGUUUAUUUUCUUUAUUUUAUUGCAUUGAUUUGUGAUACAAAUGUCAAAUAUUUUAAUGCCCCCAUUUUUGACGGGGUCCAAAAAAAGUUUUUAUUUUAUGUGUAAAGUACGGAAGGAAAAAAAAAAUGUAAACUCUUAUUUUUAUUAGCUGUAUUCAUAUUUUGCUUGCCGCAAAAUGAAGGCUUUGAAUAGACCUUUUCAAACUAAUCUGUCACCUUAAAGUAGUGCCAACAGCAGGGAUAGCCAGGCAAAAGGGAAAAAACAUUCUUAAAUCAUGAAAAAAAAAAAUAAAGACAAGGAACAACUUU